AUGCCUCGUGUAGUCAACAAGGCGCAUCAUCGCCGUUCCAACGGCGCUUCGACACCUCAGAAGAACUCCCCUAUCAAGGUUCCUCUUAACGAUGAUAUGGGCGAGAAGGCGGCUCGGAAGGAAGCCAGACAAGCCCUUCAUGACCGCCAGAUGAAUCAGAUUAAGGCCGCCGUCAAGACACCCAUGCCCCCCCCUCCCGCAACACCUCGGGGAUCGACCGGUCACCGUGGCCGCGACAGCGAUGUUAGUGGUCGGGGUGUAACUCCGAUGAAGCGUGUGCCUAUUCUGGCCAACUUCGAAGAGUGGAUGAAGAUGGCAACGGAUAACAAGAUCAACGCAAACAACUCCUGGAACUUCGCCCUGAUCGACUAUUUCCACGAUAUGUCGCUCUUGAAGGAAGGAGACGGCGUCAACUUCCAAAAGGCCAGUUGCACCCUCGAUGGAUGUGUGAAGAUCUACACCAGCCGUGUGGAUAGUGUCGCAACCGAGACUGGAAAGCUACUGAGUGGCUUGGCCGAUAGCCGCGACAAGCGAGGCCGUGAAGCCGAUGCCGAGGGAGAAGAUGGAGACGACGAUGAAGACGGUGAAGAUGGAGGCACCCGCAAGUCGCGUAAGAAGAAUCGCUCACAUGAAUCUACGCUUGCCCCGUCAUUUACAUCGUUACAACUGAAGAAGUUUGAGUUGGAGUUUGCGGUGGAUCCGCUCUUCAAGAAGGCAUCUGCUGAUUUCGACGAAGGCGGUGCCAAGGGAUUGCUGCUGAACCACCUUGCUAUCGAUGGCCAGGGAAGAAUCGUUUUUGAUAGCAGCGACGACGCUGUGGAUGACAGUGCUAAGACAGACGAGGGUGAUCGACAAGAUUCCGAGGAUCACGAUGCGCAAGCCGAAGAGCAGCUACAAAACGAGGACAACAAGGCGAAUAUUAUCCAGAAAGCCAGCGAAACCUUUGAAGAUGACCCGAAUCUCGAUCUCACCACUCUGGCCAACCAGUUCUUCCCCGAUUUGGAUUAUUUAGACGAGCAGGAUAUCUGCCCCUCCCUGAAGAAUUUCAACCUGGGUGACCCUAACGGUUCACUGGACAUCCCACUCCUCAAAGCACCCGAGGAAUGGCGACAGGAUAAGAAUGAAGACGGAGUCGAAGACCCCUCAGGGAUUAUGCUUGAUGACGACAACGCGGUCGGUUUCGAUGAUGACGAUGGUACAUUGGCUGGUUUCGACCUUAGCGGCGACACCGGUUUCGGUGAUGGAGGAGAGGCAUGGGCUCGCGAGGCUGCUUUGGAGCCGAUGCUCAAGGUUCACCGAAUGGAGGAUGGUGAAAAUGCCGAUGGGGAUGAAGACCUCGAUAACGAAGACGCCUACGCCAUCUCCAUGUCGCAUCAGCCUAGCAAGCAAGACCAUGAGAAUAUCCUCAGCUACUUCGACAAUGCGGCUUCCAAGAACUGGGCUGGUCCUGAGCACUGGAAAAUUCGGAGAAUCAAGGACCACACAGCCGCCAGCACUACCGCUGCACCAAAGCAACGCAAAGAGAAAGAGCCUUUCGAAAUUGACUUCGGGGCGUCGCUUGAUCCAUCUCUCGCGGAGUUGAUUUACACUCCUGCCAGCUCCAAUUCCGCCAUUUCCGUACCCAAGACGCAAUGGAAGACUAAGGGUCGCAAUCUAUUGCCUGACGAUAAACACUUCAACUCCCGUCAACUACUUCGGCUGUUCCUGAAACCAAAAGCUCAAAUGGGCUCAAGGAAACUUAUGUCACGACGGAUCAACCACAACCGACCAGACCAAACAUCCGGUAACGGGGACAUGGACGAGGCAUUUUGGGCGAAUCACAAGACUGAAGAUGUGGAUGAAGAAGGCGUUCCUGGUGCCUAUGAUGCCAACUUCUUCGCUGAUGAUGAUGGUCUUGCUUUCCCUAAUGGCAUGGACCUUGACGACGACGAUGACAACCUGCCAUUCGCAGACGCACGGGAGAUGCUCUCCCCACCUACUGAUGGUACUCAAGGUGCGGCAGCUGGCGAUGCCGGCGGACAGACCGGACUCUCUGCCUUAUUGAACAUGGUCGGCGCGACACCAAGCAAGGGCGGAUACGGUUCGCAGUUGGUUACUCAAGGCGCACGUCGCGCCCGACCAGACUACGUGAACUAUGCACGUGUAGCGAAGAAGGUUGAUGUUCGACGUCUCAAGAACGAAAUGUGGAGAGGCAUGGGUGAGCGACUCAUCGCUGCUACCGAUUUCGCCUCCGCUUCACAACCAGGUGCCGUCUCAAGCGAACCACCAGCCGAACCUGAGAGUGAAGCCGACACCACGCCACCCACACCCACACCCCAGCAAAGCAGCCCAGAAAAAGCCAUUGACCUCGGGGAUGAUGGCCGGCUUCGGUUCACGAAGAUCAUGAACAACCUGAAGGCGGUCUAUCCUGUCGAAACACUGCGGGAUAUCAGCACCUCCUUUGGGUUCAUCUGCUUGCUGCAUUUGGCCAACGAACAGGGUCUGGUCCUCGAGAGUGAUAUCACUAAGAUAGCCAGCGGUGCCGCUACCCUGGAAGAGAUCUUUGUCAGUCGGGAUGUCCAUGCUGUUCUGGAAGAGGGCGGUGGGAUGUAG